UGCAGCACAUUCGCUGAAUUUAGCUGUUUCAACAGCUAGUGGCAUAAAACCUAUCAGAAAUUGUUUGGGGGUGAUCGAAAAAGUUUAUAAUUUUUUCAAUACCCCUAAAAGAAAUUCUGUUCUUUUAAAUACCAUUGAGAAUUCAAAUAAUGCACCCCAAGUAAAGCAACUCAAACGGCUUUGUGCUACUCGUUGGAUUCAACGUUAUGAUUCUGUAAAUGAUUUUUCUGAACUAUUUUCAUUUGUUCUCAAUGCGUUAGACAUUAUAUCUGAUUGGAAAGAAUCAACAGAUGCUGAAAUGCUUCAGAAAGCGUUAAAAGAUUCAGAGUUUAUGAUUUCUUUGAUUGUUAUAAAGGUAUUAUUUUCUUAUGGACUUCUGCUGUGUAAACAAUUGCAAAAAGUUCAAAUUGAUUUGAAAAAGACAAUACUCAUAGUAGAAAAUGUAAUAGCUACUUUAAAAUGUAUCAGAGAAAAUAAUGAAAUAGAAUUCAAAAUUAUCUAUAAUAAUGUCAAAAAAAAGGCAGAUGAUGUUGGAAUUGAAUUGCUAGAGAAAAGAAUUUCUUCUAAACAAACACAUAGAGCUAAUCCAAAUUUACAAAAUCAUUCUACCGAACAAUACUAUCGUGUAACAGUAUUUUUACCAUAUAUUGAUUACUUUAUAUCACAACUUACUGAGCGUUUUAUAAAUCAUAAAAGUAUUUUUGAAGGGUUCGAUUGCAUUUUUAAAACCCAGCCAUUGCCACUAGAGAUAAAUGACCGAGAACAAUUUAAUAAGCUUGUGAACAUAUAUUCACCCGUUGUAGAUAAAUUCAAUAGCAUAGCCGAAUUCAAUAUGUGGAAAACAAAACUAUUUACAGAUAAUAUCAUUCUUAGUUCAGGAUUACAGGCAUUAGAAAUUUGUGAUAAAGAAUUUUAUCCCAACAUUUACAUGUUGAUAAAAAUAUUUUGUACGCUUCCAGUGUCAACAACAACUCCUGAACGAUCAUUCUCUAAUUUAAAAAGAAUUAAAACUUAUCUCAGGAAUAGUAUGAAUGAAACUAGACUGAAUGGAUUGGCUCUAUUAGCAUGCCAUACAGAAACAAAGAUUACACCAGAUGAAGUCAUUGAUGAAUUGUCUCUGAAAAAUAGAAGACUGGAGUUUGUUUUGUAAAAUCACUGCAAAUAAAUGGCUAUAUGUGCCUAUGUGUUAUAUAUACCUAUGUAGAUAAUAGAUAUCAAUGAUCAAUAUAAUUAUAUGAUAUUUUACAUUUUUACAGAACAAAUUAUUAAUUAGCUAAAUAUUUUAUAAAUUUAUUUCAUUGUGUUGAUUAUUAUAAAUCUAUAUUAAGCUAUUAAUAUAUUUUUUAUUCAUUAGAUUAUUAUGUUAAACUUAAAAUGCUAUUCAUUGAUUAAUAUUGUCUUUUAAAAUACCUAUACU